AUGCCACCAGUACAACAGUAUCAGUAUGUGGGCCAUCAGCCAUCUAAUUGGGAUAAGUUCAAAAUGGGUGCUAUAAUGGGGUCGACAGUAGGUGUUUGUGUUGGAGUCUUAUUUGGAGGAUUUUCCAUUAUUCAAAAUGGCGCUGGGCCAAAUGGAGUUAUGAGGACGUUGGGUCAGUAUAUCUUGGGGUCGGUUGGUACUUUUGGGCUUUUCAUGUCUAUAGGGUCGGUGAUAAGGUCAGAUUCAGAAUAUCAGUCGUUUCAGAGGAAAAUGAUGUCAGCACAAAGGGCAAAACUAACUGCUGUCUACAGAGAGUAA